CUAUAGCUCACACCAAACCCGCCCUCUCUCUCUCUUCCCGUGGAGCCCCAACUACGCCGCCAGCCCGCCAUCUCAUCCCCCGGCGAGCGACACGGUCGCAUCCCACCUGAGCUCCGACCGCCGCAGCGGCGGUCGCCUCGCCGGAGCAGAAGCCGCGCGUGGGGGGGAAGGCGGAGGAGGGGAGGGGUUCAAUGGAGACGGAGGUGUUCCCCGUGGUUGACCUCCGCGUGCUCACGCAGUCCGAUCUGGACGAGCUCGCCGCCGCCUCCGCCCACGCCGUGGACCCGCGGAGCAGCUGCCCCGACCGCGCCGUCUUCAACGAGAGCGCCGGCUCGCGUAAGCAGACCUUCUCCCGCGUCCGCUUCGUCCCCGCCGCCGCCGCCGCCGCUGCCGCCGCCUCCGCCUCCGCCGCCGCCGCCGCCAAGCUGCCCAGGGGCAACGACAAGGAGGACAGCUUCAUCGCCUACCACCUCCGCCGCCUCUUCGCGCCCGACGACCCCUCCCUCAUCGAGAACCCCUCCUUUCCCCAAACCCAAACCCUAGCUCGGUCGCCGUCUCCCGACCCCGACCAGUUGACCACCAACUCCAGGGGGGUCUCCGUUGAUCUGGUGAGCCUCUCACGGCUUGCCGACCCGUACGACGCGGAGCUCGGGAAGCGGACUGCCAGGAUGACCACGGAGGAGGAGCUCAUGGGCUUCAUCUCUAGCCUCGCGGGUCAGUGGGUGAACCAGAGGAUGCGGAGGAAGUUAGUUGAUGCGUCCUUCUUCGGGGAUCACCUCCCCAGCGGGUGGAGGCUGCAGCUUGGGAUCGAGCGGAAGGACCGCAAGGCCUGGGUGAACUGCUUCAGUUAUGUGAGCCCCAAGGGACAGAGUUUUGCUACUUGCCAAGAGGUUUCUGCAUACCUCAUGUCACUUCUUGGGUAUCCGGAGUUCAAAACGGAUAAUAUUGAGUAUGGUAGCACACAACAACAUGGCUUGUGUGCUGACGAUGGUGUUAAUGUUUUAGGUGUUCAACACCAAAUUGGUACAAGUAUGGACAGUCAAAGUAAUUUGCCAGUUGCUUCUGCUACUUUUUAUAGUCAUUCAAGAGAUCAAGACGAAACGGUUGCAGAUGAUAUAAAUUCUUAUGAAUGUCAACAAUGCAAUUUAACUUUUCAUGGUCAGAGUGCCUAUGCGCAUCACCUGAUCACUUUUCACAAAGUGAGUUCUAAGAGGCGUAAGAGUAACAAGGUUAGCAAAUUUGGUGAGCCAGUGAUAGGCAAAGAUGGGAAAUUUGAAUGCCCAGUAUGUAACAAGACGUUUGAGGAACAGUCACGGUACUUUGGUCACAUUGGAUCCCAUGCAAAGUAUCAGGGGCUGACUCCUGAAGCAUUCCUACAAACCUUUUCAGGAAAGGUUGGUAACAAUUCUUUUGCAGGUUUGUCAUCUAGCCUUCAAGUAUUGGUCGGAUCACCACAACUGAAUGAGAAGACUACUGCUUGUGAAGCACGAUCGCAGCAUCACGAUUGUUCAACUAAACAUGGAGGCAAUAGUACAAGAGGUAUAGACCUUUUUAACUCAAAUCAUCCUGCUAACUUCAAUGGGCAUAAUCAAUCUUGGUGUAGAUCUGAUGAAAUUCCUCCCACCACAGAAGCUCAAAGCACAUGGACUUAUAGAAAUAAUGAGAUGAACUGUGCUGAUAGAACUGUUCCGAGAACAGUACCUCAGCCCAAUGAUCACGAGGAUUGCAGGGUUAGUGGCUUUGCUGAAGCAACUAAUUUUAAUGAUCAAGCAGGAAGACACCAAGGUUUUAGACCUUUCUCCUUUGGAACUACCAACCAUUGUCAAGGCCAGAUAAUUGAUCAUGCAGUAGCUGCUUCCAAGCAUGCUGAGGUUAAUAAUAGUAUGAAAUCAAGAGAUGUCAACCUCAAUUCACGCCUGAACACAAUAUCCUUUCCUAUUGCAACUGCAAACAAUGAAACAUCGACUGCCCUUAAUGACGUGAAUCGGUCAUGCAUUACUGGAAAAGGUUUUAGUGGAAGUUUCAGUAACAAUGAUGGUGCUGCAUCUAUCGUGUUGCCCAGUUCUGGAUUAAACAAUAAAAUUUCUAGCUCCCUCGGUGUAGCUGACAGAUCAUCUAUUGCUGCCAGAUCCUUCAAUGCUGGUUAUGUUUAUGAAAAUGGCGCUUCUGAAGCUAACAAUAUUGGCAACAAAAACAAUACCAUGGUGUAUCAAACAAGUUUGGCCAUGCGUCCACUCUCUCCUGGCAAACAAAGCAGCGGCGUUGCUUCGAGAAGGACAGCCGCUGUGGUGUCCGAGCGGCAUGGAGGCCAAGUUGUGAGACACCCACGGACUGCUUCAUCAGUUUACAUGCCUGAGCAAGGUCCUGGAUGGUUGUGAGCUCCACCAGCUAAUCACCAAAGGCAGCUUAUGCAUCAUGCAGCUGGAUUGGAGAACUCCUAAAGCUGAAGGCCACGAUGGGAUUGGAGAACUCCUAAAUCUUGUUCACACAGGGUACCUCAGUACUCUUCUUUUCAAACACAGGUAACGGAGACAAAUUAGUUUGUAUGAGAUUGGGUAACGUCUGUUGAAAUAUGUGGUAUUCUUAAAAGAAACGUUGUUGCACUGUGGUAUUGAGUGGAGAUGAAAGAAUCUUGUGGUAUUAUUUGGUUGGUCAAAUCUUUGUGGUAUAGUUGGAAUUUUCAUAUAAUAAUAUAUUUUUCCUUGGUCAAAUCUUCGAUAACAUUUUACUUUGCCCGAUGUUUUCCCAUGAUAUCCCUCUUAGUCACAUCCCACCAUUUCUUUUGGGAAUUGCUAACUAGCAGCCUGCUGUUUUUUUGUCUUUGUCAGCCAUUUUUUUAGCCAUUGGAUCUCCCUUCAAGAUUCGUGCACCCUCAACGUGAUCCAGUCCAAGCAAUCGCAUGUUGCCAAAAAUGCCCAGCCCAAGCAGCAGUGGGACCCUCACCUCGCAUCACAUUUUUUCAUCCCGACACGCGCCCAUCUGCUACAGUUUGAAAAACAGUAAUCUCCUCUUUCCUUUUUUUCUCCAUUGCGCACGAGAGAAAGAGAGAGAGAGAAGCUGUCAGUGAGAGUGGGGGAAAUCUCGGUGAGAGGGAAGGAGAGAAGGUGGCGGCGAUGCAGCAGCGGGAGCGCUAUGCCGUCAUCUUCUCCGGCAGGGGGAGCCCUCGCGCUGCCGUUGCCGUCUUCUGUGGCGGAGGGAGCCCUUGGGCUUGGCAGAGAGCGUGGGGGAGGAGGGUCGUCGUGUUUUGUCCGAGAGACACGUUUUGUUGUCCCCACGGCGGUCGUCGACGAGGCUUCCGUGGAGCCAUUCGUGUGCAGCGGCGAUGCGCAUAUGGUACUACCUGCACCGGUGGUUGAGCUGACCAAGUAUUCUCAACCAAAUCUCAUCAUGAAUCCCAGGAGUUCUGAACCGGAGGCAAGCAACAAAGAGACCACAACGAUUCACAAGGUCUGUUGUAGAUCUCCUCCACCGUUCAUCCUUAGCCCGACGCCGAUGCCACUGCCACCUGCCAUUCCCUCCUCACCAAGGUAAAAGCCUGGCUGACUUCCAUAUAGCUCUGAGCUAGUAACAGUACUUCCAAAAGGGCCAUAAAAUCAAGCUACAAUGUUUCAGACUUCCAACUGCUAUUAACAGUACUUACUUCCAAAGUGCCAUUACAGUCUUCCAGCAGCUACCAUGUUUCAAAAUAAAGAGCUCAGUACAAAUUCAUCUGACUUUUUUUUUAACUACUAUACUGUGUCAGGUUACUGUCCGUUGUAAAAAAUUGUAAUUUAUUAUCUCUCUGCUUUGUCCAACCCGAAACAUAAUUUGUAUGUUUGGUUUUAUCAAUUUUGUUAGUUUUGUAAACCAGCUGUAGAAAAGAUUGAUAGAAAUAUUGCAUGCUUCAUACCA